AUGGCUGCCGAACCUCGCCGUCUGGCCCAACUGCCAGGCUACGACACCGCACCCGACGUUUACGAGACACCCGAUCCGCACGAUGACGGGGUCGCGACCGGCACCAACGUCACAGUACCUGGCGCAACAAUAGGCGGUGGCCCAGCCACAUCACACCUUCGAGAUCUCGGCUCAGAAACGGACGACUCGGGACUUUCAGCGGAAGAUGAAGACCAUGAGGAUGACAACUUUGGCGUCAGUCGCCGACGCUUAUACCCUGCGCGAGCACGAUUACGCUUCGGAGAGGCCAGUCGCGGUGUGGAGACGAGCGGGGCGGAUCUCAGCGACCGGGUGGACGGUCGACGAAAGGGCUACCGAGUUCGCCGGCGGAAAGGCGCUGCAGAAGCGGGCUUGGGCGAUGGGGUUGACGGGGAGGGCGAGACUCUACAGAUGCGCAUUGCGAGGCUAAGACGCGAAGUGGAGGAAUGCAGAGUCUUGGCGGAGAAGAACACAGAGAGCGAAGGAGGACAAGCAGAGAGCCCGGAGGGCCUUGAGGCGGAUGCAAAAGCAUUGAAUCAACUGCUAGCACAGAUUGACGUACCGUCAGUACGCGGUGGUGGACUGCUGCAUCGGAGAACACAGCAACCAGCGGGUCUUGAUGCGACGGCUGGCAAAUCAUGGACUGACGAAGCUAAGGCGGACCUACCUACAGCAGCGCGGUCUACUGGUGUUGAGGAGACGCUCACGGAAGAGCAAUCGCUGAGCAGAAUCGCCGCAUUCGACGCCCGACUUGCUUCUCUCGAAGCCGCUCUCGGCCUCAGCGCGCUCGACAGCAGCGGUGCCGUUGCAAGCUAUUCCUCUGGGGCCGGGCCCGUCCCUAUCCUCCCAGCAUUAAGCCUCCUCGACGCCCAAUUUGCAACCCUCAGCAGUGCAGGCUCACUCGCCAGCCUCGAGGCCGCCAGCGCCAAGAUCGCCGCCCUGAAACAUGAAGCCCGGACACUGGCGGCAUUGCAACAAUCGCAGACCGUGCCCAUCGGCGGCGGUGCCGCUCGCGUAGGCCUCACGACCACCACACACGGGGGCGACGACUCGGCUGCCGCAUCGGAAUACGGCGACGCCGAAGAAGCGCCCUCACAACAUGACCCGGAUGGAACGGACAUCGACCAGAACGGCCACAGUGACGCUCAGCAACACCUGCACGCGACGGACCUAACCACGCUCCGCGCCCUCUACACCCACCUCCCGACUCUGCAAGCUUUGACGCCCACGCUUCCCGCCCUGCUCACCCGCCUCCGGAGUCUCCGCGCGCUGCAUACGACGGCGGGCGCGGCGGCCGCUGAUCUCGAAGCGCUGGAGCGGCGGCAGGAAACGCUCGAUGCGGAACUCGCAACGUGGCGGGCUGGGUUGGAGAGGGUCGAGGCGGCGGUGCGCGAGGCGGAUCAGGCGAAUGGGCGGAACGGCACGGUCGUGAAGGGAUGGGUGGAGGGCUUGGAGAAGCGAGUGGAAGGGCUGAUGAUGGGUUCCGGCGGUGCGAAGACGGGUUGA